AUGGCGCUUUAUCGAUAUCUUCACCUGGCUUUGAUUUUGUUUGGAACUUGUGCCGGAAACAAUGAAGAUAUUUGCAAGAAAGGGGACUGCAAUGAAUCGAUAAGGAAGUGCAAAAAGUCUUUUGAAGAACAGAGUUCAGUUGAGGAAACUCCAUAUAUGAUUUCACCUGAAGAUUUCUAUUACAAGUUCAUGGCUAAACACAAACCGAUCGUUAUUAGAAAGGCAGCCAGUAACUGGCCAGCGAGCGAGGUACAUGACGGCAUAAGCUAUAAGUUUCUUUAAUUUCGCAACUCUUUGUACUUUUUUUAUCUUGUUUAUAACAUGACUUAAGAAUCAUAGCAAUCUCUAUUCCCCGACCAACAGCAGAUUAUUCAGUCAGUCACAAGAGGGUGGGUUUACCCACUUCCUGGCCAAUUUUAGUUAAAUAACUUCUUAUCUGAUAUUUUAUCAUAUGGCUGGUUCCAUGAGCAGGCAAAACGAAGCGAAGCCUGUGUUCCGGUUGGCUACCAAAGCACAUCUUGCCUGCUUAGGAUUCCCAGUGUUGGUCCUGCAAGAAAAAAAUUUCCUUUCUGGCCAUAUAAUAAAUCUUUUAUCGACCAAGCUUAUUUUUCAUGGUCAAGAUGGCUGGAUAUUGGCCUUUUCUUGCGUUGUUGAUAUUGGCCUUGAUUGCGUCUUUAAAAAGAAAAACCUAGCCAUCUGGACCUCAUCCUUGGUCAAUAGAGCAUUUGUAUCUCUUAAUUUGAAUUUCUAUGUAGGUGUGGACAGAACUGUACUUGAUGCACGCAUUAAGUGAACGUACUCAGCUAGUGAGCCGAUUAAAAGACUUCCCAUUUGGUUUAAAAAUGCAUGUCAUGAUCAAAGAUUUUUUGUGGAGGUCUCAACAAGAAGACUUGAUGAUGUUUAAUCCACCGUCAUCGCAGAUGCUUAAUGACAUUAUUGCUCCUCUCUGUUUGAGAUGUCACCAGUUUAUGAAUCAGAUGAAAGUUUCUUACUGGUUGCGACAAUACCAAAGGGAGGAUACUACACCGUUAUAUUUCCAUUCAGAUGAGCAGAUGCUUACAGUUUUGAAUGGAAGUGUUCAAGUUACUCUGGUUUCUUCUUUACAUUCAGAGAAACUCCCUGAUGAUGAAAAUCAAUUGUUCUUAAUUUCCAGAUCAAAGGAAGGUAUUGAAAUUCUUUCUUUCUUUCUUUGUUUAUAGCAUUCAAGCUAAUGCUUUAAGAAAAAUUAAAGGAAGCCAAGUGCUCUGAACCUGUAAAAUCUAGGUUGGAUAGCAUAUGAUUUGUAUGAAAAAACUAAGAUUUUCAAGUCACCAGAGAACUACCCUGCUAGCAGAGGUUUGUCUCUUGCAUGGCUUUUAACAUUUACGAAGUCAAGAGAUGAAAUUGACGUUGUAAACGUUAAUGUUAAAAGCCAUGCAAGAGAGGAACCUCUGCUCGCAGGGUACCAGAGGACAAAAUUUGGGCAGCAGGGGCCACUGGGCACUGCUAGACCAAAGCCCUGAGAAUUGUGUAUAGAAUUGCAAUAUCUUAAAAAAUGUAUCUUUUUCUGAUUUAAGGGACGUCAUAUUAGAUAGCUAAUUCUAGUAAUGACCACAGAAAGACUUGUCCCAACUCUAUAUCCUCUUGACUUACCUGCUUCAUUCCCCUGUUUUGUUUUUCUGCGGAGCUGAAAAUAACUCUCAGUCAUUGGAUGCCCAACUAAAAUUUGCUCAUGUCCAAUAAAGCCUGGCCUUCAGUCAAACAUGAUCACCAGAUAGAUCAAAAUGAUUUGAUUGAUGUGUUUAAUUUGAAAUCAAACAUUUUAGUUUUCCAAACACUGCAUUUUGUUUCAGAGAUUCAUUCAAGGUUAUCAUCACAAGGCAUUCCCCACUUCACUGUUAAUCUUCAAAAAGGCGACAUGUUGUAUAUUCCUCAAAUGUGGUGGCAGCUUCUCACAGUACCGAGUGAUCCUAUCUUGUUUGUCCAGUUCUUGUGGCCUUCAAGAAUGCAAACAAGUUCUGUUGUCCAAUCAUCAUUUAAAACAAGGGGUAAGUCUGAAUAUGUUUCCAAUUUUUUUGCCCAUGGCGUGAUUGGGAAAAUCCAAAGUAAAAUAACACCACUGUAGUCCAGAAAAGUGAAUAUGGUCAAACCUCUCGCCAAUAGCCAGAUUGGAUGGCCAAGUAGCCACUUUAUAGAGUGCUAUGAAGGAGAAGUGGGACAAAUUUUUUUUGGAGGGUGGAGGAUACAACAUUUUUCUUUUUAAAAUGCUUGGUGUAGUACUUAAAUACAUACUUCCUAGUCAGUAAAACAGAAACCAAAUGUCCAGAAUAGAAAUUUUAACAAAAUAAUGUAAAAAAGUACAAUACCAUGUAAGUACAUCGCAUUGAAGGUAUCUAGAAAGUGGAACAACAUAAAAAUUAGAAGAUAGAAAAGCAAAACAAUAAAAUGGUUUUCUUUUUUUGUUAUCUUUCCCAUCAUGUGUAGAUAACCAAUUUUCAAGCAUUCAAAAAGCAAUAAAAAGCCUACUGAGAAGAUAUGAAGAGAGAUUCUUAGGCACCAAUGUGCCAUCACUAUUUUGCCCACAUCAAGACAUGAGGAUGAGUGAUUUUACCUUUGAGACUGGAAAGAUGAGUGAUGAGGAAUAUCAGUUUUUCCACAAUGGCCCAGAUUUUACUGAGGUAAUACUGUAUUUCCUCUAUGCCUGUGGGUUUUUUUCCUGUGCCUCUGUGCUCCCUGGCCCCUGGCACCUAACAUUUGCUGCCAGACUACUAGGAAAUCUUAGUUUUUUUUUUUUUCAUAGAAAUCAUAAGCUGACACCCUGGAGUUUGCAGGUUUUUUAGCACUGGACUCCCUUUAGUUUUUCGUGGAGCAGAGCCUUGAAAUGGGGUGAAGUGGUUUUUAUUAAAGAAUCAUGAAUGAAUCUAUUUCAGGCAUUUGUUUUAGAAAUUCAAUAUCUUUAUCGCCAUAAUUCAUAUGUAUUUAAAAAAUUAUCACAAAACUUGGCAGAUGAACUUGACACAAAACAGGUUUUGGUCGUGAUUGACUGAACAUGUACAAUUAGGCUUUCUACUAAAAUAAUGAGACCUAUUGGAAAUCCUUGUAUAAUUUCCUCUUCAUAUGCCAUCAGAAGGUUUAAAUUUUUGUAUAUUUUUUCACACGAUUUCAGACUGAGCCUUGCAAUUUCGAUGGACUAAACAAACAGAGUCCCUGCCAUUUUCCUACAUGCUAUGAAGAUGCAGAGAGUACUGAGUGCAUACGAUACAUUCUAGAUUAUUGCAAUCAAUGGGAAGAUCGUGGCUGCAUCAUUGAGUUGCCUCAGCUGUUAAACAAAGUUGACAAGGAGAGAAUGGAAGAGAUCAUCACCAUGAAAUCACCAAACAAAUUUUAAAAUCACCUUGACUUUGUAAAUGACAUGACAGCAUGGUAUUAGUCUUCAUAAUCAGUGUGCAAAGAAAGGCAUGUCCGAUAGCC